AUGGGGCCGCCGAUCGCAGCGCGCCUGCCCGCCCAGCCGGCCUGGACGCCGGCGCAGGAGGCCAUGAUCAUGGAGCCGUACGCGUACCUGGACGCGCAGCCGGGCAAAGAGUUCCGCAGUCACCUGCUGGACGCGUUUCACGUGUGGAUGCCCAGCGUCGCGAGCGAGGCCCUGACGCACAUCAAGGCCCUGAUCCGGCGCCUGCACCACGCGAGUCUGAUGAUCGACGAUGUCGAAGAUGCCUCUGACAUGCGGCGUGGUGCGCCUGCGGCUCACAAGGUAUUUGGCGUAGCGCAGACGAUCAAUACGGCCAACUACGCCUACUUCCAGGUCCUCAGUGAUGUGGCGCACUGGCAGCCACGCGCCCUGCCGGCGCUCAUACGCGAGCUCGAGUGGCUGCAUCGUGGCCAGGGUCUCGAGCUGUACUGGCGCGAGCACGCCACAUGCCCCACCGAGUCCGAGUACGCCGACAUGGUCGUCCACAAGACGGGCGGCCUGUUCCGCGUCGCCCUCUGCCUGAUGGACAGCGUCGCUGACACGGACGCAGCGCCGUUCGUGCCGCUGGCCAAUCUGCUGGGCCUGCUCUUCCAAAUACGCGACGACUACCUCAAUCUGCAGCCGCCCUCGGCCUGCGACGACAUCACCGAGGGCAAAUUCUCCUUCCCCCUCAUCCAUGCCGUCCGCACAGCGAAGGACGCUACCCUGCUGACGAUGCUGCAGCAGCAUACCCAGGACCCCGCGCUCAAGCAGCAGGCCGUCGCGUACAUGCAGGACGUGACGAACAGCUUCGCCUACACGCGCGACGUGUGGCACGCGCUACAUACCCAGACCCGCACCGAAAUCGCGCGCCUGGAGCGCACGUGGGGCGAGAAUCAAGCGAUGCACCGCCUACUCGAUGCCCUCCGCAUAGGCGCGUGA